AAUCCAUUAUACACUUAUGUUUAGCUUAUAACCGUUUUGCUUUAUUUUGUAUCAGUAAAUUAUGAAAAAUAACAAAACAAUCGAUCACAGAAAAUGUUUGUACUUUGUCGCACGAAAACAGUUCACCACUCGCACAGCGACUCAUCGUUAUCACUGUUGGUUUAUUUCAACACCACAGCACACUGUCAUGCAUGCGCUCUACCUGGUAGCAGAUAACACACAACAACACACCGCAUCAUCUGCGGGCGAUCCAAUGCAAUGCCCCUAGCUUGCUUCCCGUACAGCAUGCGGGAAAAAUGAAAAUACUUUCCCUUUUUGCUUUUUGCUCACCUCACGCAAUAUGUUGACUUCAAAAAGGCCGUCCAGAUGCGCCCGGUGCUUCAGUUUCAAUUUGUCAACGGAGUAAAACGCGUGCUACAAACAUGCGGCACUGUAGGUUGUACGUUUUUCUGAUAGCUGUGCUGGUGCUAACCGAGUGUAUAUUAGCAAAUGAAUCAACCGAUCGUAAAGCGAUCCAUCUACCGACGCGUGCAGAACUACCUAGAAAACUAAAAUCGAGCCGCCGAGAAGGACGCUUUCUAGGGUUGCUUGGUCUGCUUACGGGCCUUACGCUAGUGGACUCCCUUGACGAUGAUAACGACCGUCCGCGACGCUCAGGGUUCGUCAAGAUUGACGUUGGCCAUCCUGCCGCGCUCGACGCAUUCUACGGAGCGUACGGUUACAGCUCACCCUACUGGACCGGUGGAUCGUCCAUCAACAUAAAGAUUCCUUUCCGACCGCCCGGAGCCGAAUUUGAAACGAUGGCCGUUAUACCGUUCCCCGUGCACUUUCCACACACCGGACCGUCCCACUACGGGUCCGCACCGGGUGGGAUUGAACCGCGUCCGACCAUCUUUUCCGAUCCCGUGCCGAGCGCCUCGAACGGUUCAGAAACGAUUGCAGCCGAUGAAUUAGAGCUUCCGAGAGGAAGAAAACAAAAGCUCGCUUCUAAAAAGAGUUCUACAACCGUUAAAAGGCGAUCCCGUCCGAAGGUGAGUCCUCCGAGAACGAUACGCAGCACACUGCGAGCGGACGCAGAACCAAAUGAGGAAACUAACGUGGAAACGGUUGAGGAAACAACCACCACGAGCGAUACGCCAACGGUGCUAGCGCCCACCGAACCGACCGCGAGUAACGAUCCCGAUGUCUCCGCUACUAAUACACCGACCGAUCAUCAUGCGCCCGUUUCCGAAGAGCCCGAACCAGCCACCCCGGCGUCGAUCGUUCAAUCCGAGCUCAAUUACGUAACCCAGCCAAUGAUACCAGCGUCCUAUUACACGCACCAGCACAGCCUGGCCGAUCUGUCCGCGAUCGAGCUGACGACGGCAGCGAGCACCCAAGACUUCCCCCUGGCAGCGUUCCAGCCAAGCCGGGCCGAUCAUUGGCAGGAUUAUUACGGUACCGUCGCACAGGAAAGCUCGAACCGGCAGCUAGGGUUUCUGCCGAUCGCACCUCCCGCUCACUGAGCGCACCCAGCGAAACGACUCAUUUUCUCAAUAAAAACCACCAUCCUUCAUUCUC